AUGCUGACCAUUUUUUCGUAUUUUCUGUUGGAUACGGGCAACGAAAUAAAAAGAGAGAGUUCUGCGCUCUUUGCUCGAGGAGCCGCCGCUGAUAUUGGGCUUGGAGACACAUCGUUCUCGGGGUCGCUCUCGCUUGAUAAUGCGCUGGCAGGGGUCGGCGGGGCAGUGGCCUCGACAGUAGCGCUGCAUCCUUUGGACCUGGUGAAAAUCAGGCUGCAGGUGGACGCAGCAUCGCAGAACGACGCCAUAGUAGGACGGGCGAUCCGGGCAACACGGCAUGUGCUCAGGCACGACGGCGUCGGCGGGCUCUACCGCGGGCUGGUGCCGAACCUGGCGGGCAACUGCGCGAGCUGGGGGCUGUACUUUGCAUGGUACACGUGGAUCAAAGACCAGAUGGCCGGAACAUCCACACUGUCGGCUGCGCAGCACCUGGCGGCAGGCGCCAUGGCGGGAGCGCUGACGCAGUGCAUGGCCAAUCCGCUCUGGGUGGUCAAAACGCGCAUGUGCACGACAUCGCGGGCUGACCCGUGCGCGUACCGCGGGCUGAUGCACGGGCUGACGCAGAUUGCAACGAAGGAGGGCGUGCGCGGGCUCUACAAGGGCCUGGCGCCCGGCCUGCUGGGUGUGCCGCACGGCGGCCUGCAGUUCAUGGCGUACGAGGAGAUGAAGAAGUGGCGGUUGCGGGUCCGUGGGCCCAACCAGAGCGUCGACAAGUUCUCGUCGUUCGAAUAUGCCGCCAUGUCCACGACGUCAAAGAUUGGGCGGUCGGAGGGGCUCGGCGGAUUCUACAAGGGAUUCGGCCCUGGGCUUGUCCGCGUUCUUCCCGGAAACAUCAUCACGUUCCUGGUGUAUGAAAACAUCGCCAGCUACUUCCGCAAGCAUGCACAUUAGAUGAACUUUUCCCCUU